GGGGGUGGACUAAACACUGGUUAACCACGGAGAACUGCUUAUGAGGUUCUCAGAACACAGCGGACGCUCAGUGCAGCAGAGGUCAGUCAUCUGAAGGGAAAGGUGUGGUUCUGCCUGCUGUGAGUACGACUAUGGGGACCAGCUGCCGAGUCAGCAGUCUGUGCGUCCUCUUUACAAUCAUAGCCUUGAUUUCACUGGCAAUUAUUGUCACGUUAUGGACUCUGGCCCUGAUGGGACGCGAUGAUGGUAAUCACGACGCACUUCCCUGGGACAGGUAUCGUCUCCCCACUUCUUUGGUCCCUCACUUCUACAACGUCACCUUGUGGCCUCGUCUCAUACAGGACCCAGACACUGGACUCUACAUCUUUACAGGAAAAUCCACCGUUGAGUUUGAGUGUGUGACAGAAACUGAUCUCAUCCUGAUCCAUUCCAACAAACUCAACUACAGCAGAGUGUUGAACUACACGCACCAGGCCAGACUCACUGCUUUAGGCGACAGAUGUGCUCCCAGUAUUAAGUCCCUGUGGCUGCAGACUGAAACCCAGUAUUUGGUGAUCCAGCUUAGCGGUAAACUCUCUCAGGGGAAGUAUCAGCUGUACACGGAGUUCACUGGAGAGCUGGCUGACGACUUAGCCGGCUUUUACAGAAGCGAGUACGAAGAAGCAGGCGUACGAAGGGUCAUUGCCACCUCUCAGAUGCAUCCUACGCAUGCCAGAAAGGCCUUCCCUUGUUUCGAUGAACCAGCGCUGAAGGCCAUUUUCUACAUUACCGUCAUUCACCCGCCUGGAACUGUAGCCCUGUCCAAUGGCAGAGAAACAGACAUUGUUCACACCACUAUUAGUGGAGUAGCUGUGACACAGACAACGUUCGAGCCAACCAAGAAGAUGUCCACGUAUCUACUGGCCAUUGUCGUGUCUGAGUACAAACACCUCAGCGCCACACAAGGAGACACGCAGAUUCGUAUCUGGGCUCGCAAAGCCGCCAUCGAGCGGGGACAGGGAGACUACGCCCUCUCUGUGACUGGGCCCAUCCUGGACUUUCUCCAGAUGUACUACAACAUCUCAUACCCUCUGAGCAAGUCAGAUCAAAUCGCUCUACCUGACUUCUAUUUCGGAGCCAUGGAAAACUGGGGUUUGGUGACGUACAGAGAAAGCAACCUUCUCUAUGACCCCGCGACCUCCUCCAUCAAGAACAAGGAGACCACAGCCACCAUCAUCGCUCAUGAGCUAGCACACAUGUGGUUUGGGAACCUGGUGACUCUGCGCUGGUGGAACGAGGUUUGGCUGAACGAGGGCUUCGCCUCCUACGUGUCGUACCUGGGAACAGAUCACGCCGAGCCUGCGUGGAACGUGAAAGACUUGAUGAUACUUGACGACAUCCAGAGGGUUUUGGCCGUGGAUGCCUUAGCCUCCUCUCAUCCUCUGUCUUCUGAAGAACAAAGCGUCAUCCUCCCACAUAGGAUCAGUGAGCAGUUUGACGUCAUCUCAUACAGCAAGGGGGCGGCCGUGUUGAGGAUGCUGUCAGACUUCCUCUCGGAGCCUGUCUUCGUCCAGGGACUCACUGGAUACCUCAGCCACUUCGCCUACAGCAACACAGUGGGAAAUGACUUGUGGCACCACCUGCAGAUGGCAGUGGAGGCCAACAAUGUGUCACUGUGUCGCCCUGUGACUGACAUCAUGGAGCGCUGGGUGCUGCAGAUGGGCUUCCCUCUGCUCACCAUAGACACGACGACUGGGACGGUGACCCAGAAGCACUUCCUGCUGGAUCCAGACUCCAACGUCACACUCGAAUCCCCUUAUGACUAUGAGUGGCUGGUUCCAGUGAGGUGGAUGAAAUCUGACGAGGUCCAGAGAGAUGUUUGGUGGCUGCAGGAAAGACAAGCUGUGAACUUGGACAUGAGAAGCGGCGCCUCGUGGAUUCUGGCUAACGUUAACGUGAGUGGAUAUUAUCGGGUGAACUACGAUCUCGGAAACUGGGAGCGACUCCUGUCUCAGCUUCAUUCGGAGCACCAGGUCAUACCCGUCAGUAACAGAGCUCAGCUCCUAGAUGACGCCUAUCAUUUAGCCAGGGCUCGGCUGGUCUCCACCACCCUUGCUCUGAGGACGACAUCCUACCUGCUGAUGGAGACAGAGUACCUACCAUGGCAGUCUGCGCUGGACAACCUGAACUAUUACUACCUCAUGCUGGAUCGCACGGAGGUCUUCCAGCCCAUGCAGGACUACGUCAGGAAGCUGGUCACCCCUUUGUUCCAGCACUUUAAGAACAUUACAUCGGACUGGAGACAGGUUCCUGACAAACUCACGGACCAGUACAACCAGGUGAACGCCAUCCGCAUGGCCUGCAGCACCGGAGUGUCCGGGUGCCAGGAGCUGACCACGGCGUGGUUUAGACAGUGGAUGGCCAGCCCUCAGAGCAACCUGAUCCAUCCCAACCUGCGCUCGGCCGUGUACUGCAGCGCCGUGGCAGCAGGCGAUGAGGCUGAGUGGGACUUCGGCUGGUCCCAGGUCAGCGCUGCGUCAGUGGCCAGUGAGGCUGGCAAACUCAUGACUGCACUGGCCUGCAGCAACAACACACAGCUUCUGAAAAGGUAUCUGUCUUACACCUUGAAUCCAGCCAUGAUCCGUAAACAAGACGCCACCUCCGUCAUCACAGCAGUCGCCAGCAACAGAGUGGGCCAGAGUCUGGCGUGGGACUUUGUACGAGAGCAGUGGGAAUACAUGUUUACCCAGUACGGUGUGGGCUCGUUUUCCUUUGCCUCUAUGAUCAGUGGGGUUACUGCCAGGUUCUCUACACAUGCAGAACUACAACAGCUGGUGGAGUUUGAAAGGCAGCACAGCGCUUUGGGGUUCGGUUCUGCCACACUGGCGGUGCAGCAGGCCUUAGAGAGGACCCGGGCCAACAUUGACUGGCUGCAAUGCAACAAGCAGGAGGUUCUGGACUGGUUCCUGAGCCAGAAUACAGACAGGUAAUCAGAUGGCCUUCUCUGGCAUGGCCAGACUGGACUCCACCAGCCACCAGCAUCUCCUGCAUUCAGGGUCCAUGUGACAGAUUUGUGUCAGUGAAUAGAUAAAUAUCAAUCAAUCAAAUAAUGAUGACAGCAUAUUCAACAGGAUUGACCAGUGAGACAUAAACUACAGGUGAUUGAUGUGAAGAUAUGUAGAAAAUUGUAUUUACUUUUCACAAAAUUUGUUGAAUUUGCUGGACUACUGUAUAUUAAAUAUAAACAUUUUUUU